UCGUAGCGACGUAAACACGUGCACUUUCCUGCUUCCAGGUUUCUGUUUUUUCAUUCCCCACGGUCCUCCUCGAGCUCCUGCAUCAGUCCCUGACAACAGCAACGAUGGCGGAGCCCGUAGCAUCGGAUGCGGCGGCAGCAGACGCGGUAGCGGCAUCAUCCCCGACCCCGGCCCUUUCUCCCGCAGCCAGCCCGGGCUCGGAGCCUCCCUCCAUGGCGCUCUCUCCCACGGCGGACGGCUCCCAGCGGCUGCUCUUCUCCCACGACCUGGUCUCCGGGCGGUAUCGCGGCUCUGUUCGGUUCGGCCUUGUGCGAAUGAUCCACGGCGAGGAGGAUUUUAAUUCAGACUCGGACCUCGACGAUGGCGGAGGGAGAGGCGGCGGCGGCGGUGGAGGUGGAGGCGGCGGGGGAGGAGGUGGACGCGUCCCUUGUAGCUCGGAUACCGAGAGCGCUGCGGACACCCGGAGUCGGCCGCUCGGCAGGGGAUUUGUGCGCGUCCAGUGGUACCCUGAAGGAGGCAAGCAGGACAUCAGAGAGACAAAGCUGAAACUUGAAGAUCGAUCUAUUGUCAUUAGAGACAUCGUGCGACGGAUGAAUUCCAAUGACAACCAGUGUGGUAUUGUGACCAACAUUGAUAUAGAGUGUGCAGUGAAACUAGUGGGGACAAACUGUGUGCUAUACCCAGUGAACAGCAAAGACCUGCAGCACAUCUGGUCUUUCAUGUAUGGCGACUACAUCGCCUAUGACUUCUGGCUGGGGAAAGUGUAUGACCUGACAAAUCACAUCAUCCUCAAGCUCUCCAACGGAGCCAGGUGCUCCAUGAGUGUGGAGGACGGUGCCAAGCUUUACGACGUCUGUCCACAUGUCAGUGAUUCGGGUCUGUUCUUCGACGAGGCGUACGGUUUCUACCCCGGCCAGGUCCUGAUUGGUCCAGCCAAAGUCUUCUCUAAUGUCCAGUGGCUGUCAGGGGUCAAACCUGUCCUCAGCAAAAAGUGCAAGUUCAGAGUGGUGGUCGAAGAGGUCAAGGUGGUGGAGCUGAAGGUGACAUGGAUCACUAAAAGCUAUUCCCCCAAGGGCUCUGACAGCGUCUACCCCCCUCCCUCCACCAUCACACAGGAAAACCUCUGCAGGGUAAGGCGUCUGGGCUUCUACGACCACACCCAGAGGCAGCUGGGAGAACGAGCUCUUUAUGUCUUCCCUGCAAAGGGCGAUGCCACGCGCAUCACCUGUGAAGGACCCGAGGGUGCCCCUGUCCUGCCUGAAGAUCCCGUGGCCAGGAAGUUGAAAAGAAUGUUCAAGAAGGAUUCAGGGAAGAAGACUGAGAACGCUGAAACGCAAGGUGCCAGCCAACACUCUGCAGAGAAAACACAGAAUCCAGAGGGUGAACACAAGUCGGAGCAGACUGACUCCUCCCAUCCCAACAACAACGGUCCUGUGGAGCACGUUCAACACCCCCACGACUCCCACCACCCCGCCGACGGCUGGGCCGAGCCCGGAGAGCAGGACGCCGACGACGAGGCAGCGGAGGACACAGACGACACCAGCUCCCUGACCUCGUCGGCCAGCUCCACGGCUUCCUCUCAGAGCGGCGGUCUGGGAACCAAUCGCAAGAAGAGCAUCCCGCUCUCCAUCCGCAACCUGAAGAGGAAGCACAAGAAGAAGAGGACCAAGUUCUCCCGCGAGUUCAAGCCCGGUGACCGGGUGGCAGUGGAGGUGGUGUCCACAAAGACUUCUGCUGAUGUGAUGUGGAAGGACGGACGGGUGGAGAAGGGCAUCCGAUCCAACGACCUCAUCCCCAUCCAGCACCUCGACGGCCACGAGUUUUGUCCCGGAGACUUUGUAGUUGACAAAAGACCCCAAGCCCUCCAGGACCCAGGAGUGUAUGGAGUGAUCCAGUCUGGUGAUCACAAGGGCAGAACAUGUGCUGUCAAGUGGAUCAAACUCAACUCCUCCAGUGACGAUGUGGAGGUGAUAGGCGAAGAGGAAGACGUCAGUGUGUACGACAUUGCAGAUCACCCGGAUUUCCACUUCCGCACCACCGACAUCGUCAUCAGAAUAUGGAACUCGGAGAACGGACAGACCAACGACUGCGAGAACGAGACGUCGGUCGGCCAGGUGUCCAGGGUGGACGUGAGCAGCAAGGUGGAGGUGGUGUGGGCGGACAACUCCAUGACCAUCGUCCUACCACAGCACCUAUACAACGUGGAGUCGGAGAUCGAGGAGACAGACUACGACUCUGUGGAGGAGACGAGCAGCGGCCUGUCCACCGAGGAGUGGGAGGACGAGAGCGACAGCUGGGAGACGGAUAAUGGCGUCACCACUGAGGACGACGGCCAUGUCAACAAUGCAGAUGUCACCACCACGGCGACCCCGGCCCCGACGCCCACAGGCUCCACACCGUUCAUUAUCCCCCCAGAGGAGGGCAGCAAAGCCGGGGUCACCAGCCCCAGCAAGGGCGUCCCUGGAGAGGAUGGAGAGGGAGCUGUGGCUGUAACUGCUCCUGCCUCUGGAGGAGGAACCGCUCCGGGCGGGACGGUCGACGGAGCAGAGAAGCCCAGCAAGGAGGGAGCCUCGCGGGGCUUCAGGGAGCUGAAAGAGGCCUUGAAGAUCCUGGAGAGCCUGAAGAACAUGACAGUGGAGCAGCUGUGGACCGGCGGUUCACCAACCUCCCCGACCUCCGCUGAACCUGCAUCUACCACCAACGUAGCGAGCUCGUCAGCACCUGCAGCCCCCGAGAAACCAACCAAGGAGAAGCGCUUCUUGGAUGACAUCAAGAAGCUGCAGGAGAACCUGAGGAAGACGCUGGAUAAUGUAGCCAUCGUGGAGGAGGAGAAGAUGGAGGCCGUGGUCGAGGCAGGAGGGAGUGGAGGAGCAGGGACAGAGGCAGAGAGAGCCGGGGAGGAAAGACCCCAGCAGGAGCCCCAGACACCAGUGGGUGGACCAGAGUGGCCGAGUGACACACCAGUACUGUGCCAACAGAGUGGCGGCAAGCCUGGCGUCACCUUCACCAGCGCCAAGGGAGAGGUGUUCUCUGUGCUGGAGUGGGCACCAGACACACACACAUUUAAGAAAAUGGAGUUCCAGCCAGCGGAGGCUAAGAAGUUCUUCAGCACAGUGAGGAAGGAAAUGGCUCUGUUGGCAACCUCACUGCCUGAUGGCAUCAUGGUCAAAACCUUUGAAGAUAGAAUGGACCUGUUCUCAGCUCUGAUCAAAGGGCCGACUCGUACGCCCUACGAGGACGGCCUGUUCCUGUUCGACAUCCAGCUGCCAAACAUCUACCCUGCUGUGCCACCUCUGUUCCGUUACCUGUCACAGUGCAGCGGGCGCCUCAACCCCAACCUCUACGACAACGGCAAGGUCUGCGUCAGCCUGCUGGGCACCUGGAUCGGCAAGGGUACAGAGAGAUGGACCAGCAAGUCCAGUCUUCUGCAGGUCCUCAUCUCCAUACAAGGCCUGAUCCUGGUCAAUGAGCCCUACUAUAACGAGGCUGGCUUUGACAGUGACAGAGGCCUGCAGGAAGGCUAUGAGAACAGCCGCUGCUACAACGAGAUGGCUCUGAUCAAGAUGGUCCAGUCGAUGACGCAGCUCCUGCAGAGCCCUGUGGAGGUUUUCAGCCAGGAGAUCCAGGAGCACUUUGUUUCCAGCGGCUGGCGGCUCGUCCACCGUCUGGAGGCCUGGCUGGAGCUGCAUGAGGCUGCUGAGAGGGGACAGGCGGCACAGAGCGCCACCAGGGCUCACCCCUGCAGGGACAGGCCUCCGUCUGUGGAGCCCCUGGAUGAGCAGCUGCCUCUUGGGUCGGGGCCGGUGGCGGUGGCCUACAGCAGUCCUAAUAAGCCUGGGGAGGAGAGGAUCAUGGGAGCAGGUGGUACCAGUAUUGUGGAGGAGGAGCUGGAGGACUCGGGGCUGAGUCCCUCCACCACGGCGGCCUCUCAGCAGGAGCUGAGUCAGAACUCAGACUGUGAUGGCGCCCAGGCCAACACAUCGUCGGGGACAGAAAUAGGCGGUGGUUCCACCACAGUCGCCGGCUCAGUUGGCCGUGGUGGGGCGUCAGAAUUGGGCUGUACUGGUGCAGGCGGAGGAGCGGGAUCCACAGGAAGUCAGCCUGUGGUGCGACCAAAGAAACGGAGAAAGAGCUAUCGGAGUUUCCUCCCUGAGCGCAGCGGCUAUCCGGAUAUCGGUUUCCCACUCUUCCCGCUUUCCAAGGGAUUUGUGAAGAGCGUUCGAGGUGUGCUGCUGCAGUACCGAGCUGCGCUGGCCGCCGCUGGCAUCCCUGAGCACACUGAGGACAAUGUCGCUGCAGAGGCCCGAUGUGCUCACAUGUGAGAGUGAUUAAGAGGGAUGGACCCUCAAGGUUUUACACAAACACACACACACACACACGCACGCACACACACACGCACUCUCAUGUAAACCUGCGGGAAAAUGCCCCAUCAUACAGGAACCUUCAGCCCUCGUGGACACUUGAGCCAGGCAGACACAUGGAGCUUUCACUGGACGCAGCGCUCCAGUUUUUGGACUUUGGAGAGGAGGAGAGAAAGAUGCAAAACAGACUGAAUAAGAUGGAAAAAAAAAAAACAGUGCCAUUUAACCCCCACAAUCCCCUUCUUCAUCUGGUUUCAAUGCCUCCAGCAGUCACAACACGGGUGAAGUUGUGCCGGAUAUCCUCCCUGCUGUGUCAGUCAGCCUGACUGUCUAAUCAUCUUGGAAUGGGCUCAAAGAAGGCUGGGCCUCAUUGAAAAACUGCAAUGCCCAGCUUUCCUGGCUGUUGGGCCUCCCACGGGCGUCUGUAGCACUACUGAUAUGAUCGCUGUACCACCCUGCACUACAUGAAAACCAAUGGACAAUCUGGUCUGGGAGAGGUCGCACCGCAGGGUUUGCUGACCAGGAUUCUUUUUAAAUAGAAAUGACUGGUUGUACGCUUUCUGCCAAACUCUCUCUCUUUCUCUUUCUCUCUUUCUCUUCUCUCUCUCUCUCUAUCUCUUUCUCUCUUUCUCUAUCCACAGACUCACACACAUGCACACACACACACACACACACACACACACAAACAAAUAUCCGAAUGUUUUAAAACUGCCCACCACAACAGCUUCACUACUUCUUCCACGUUGACUAAACUUGUAGUUUUUUGUCCCUUCGCCAAGCGCUCGCACUGAACCACGCAGCGAACAUCGAGUGACAAAGUUUACAUACUAAUCAAUCACCUCUGGAGGUCGGACUGCUGUAGCUCUUUGGUGUCUCGAAAAAAAAAACAACAAAAAAAAAAAAAACGCCACCCCAGGCACAGGAGGACAGUAAGGCGACCGCACGCUUGGUGAAGGACUUUUCGCUUUCCUCCGCUCCAGGUUAGCCGCAGCCACCGCUUAACACCGCCGCCGCCUCUACGUAGAAAGUCCCCGAUCUCUUUCUGUAGACGUUAGCAAUCGUUGGCUCGCUGAAAUGGAUCCAGGUUGCGCCGGCGUAGGUCAGACCGGUAGAGUUUUUUCCGCCGAAUCGUAGGUGUCAAGAGCGGUCCUCCAGAGCUUUCCCACGAUCCUCCACUUACUCCUCCGGAGUUCUCUCACUGAGCGACGGAGGGGGAGCUCACAUCACUGCAAAUGACACGAUUUUAAAAACCACAGAAAAAAAACAAAACAAAAAAAAAAAAACAACAACAACACAGCAUCCAUUCCAUCAUCUCAUCUCAACAUGUUGCCUUACUUGAAUUGUUCUUACUGAUCUCAGACCAUUGUGUACAGAGCUGCUUGCACCAUGCCGUAGACAUUUUAACCUUUACAGGCCUGCACACUAAACCACUAAACCCCAUUCCAGUGUUCUCCUCCAAACAGACAUUUUCCUUACUAAUGCAGAUCUCGGAUCACUUAUUUCCCCUUACCCGUUCUCGAACGUGAGUGUAAUGAGGUGGCGAUACGAGACUGAGCCCAGUUGUGUGUGGAGAGGUUUGUGUAUCCCUCUGCCUUCACCUCAGUGUGACACGGCGGAGUGUUACCGUACUGCAGUCAUGACUCUGUUCUGAUUUUUCCUGUCUAAAUGUUGCACGUGCAGUCAGUUUAAAGAUACCAGAACACAAAUGAAGUGUGACGCUGAAGGUUUGUUGAUAUUAUUCCAGUUAUUAUAAUCAUGCUUGACUAUUUUUUUGAAAUCAAGUUUUGUUGGUUCCCAUUUGCCCUGACUGAAGCACAACCAGGUUCUGACUGUCUUGUCCCAAAAAAAGGGGACUGCUGACCCCAGUGACCAGAAAAAUUUGGGAAAAUCACGGCACUCAAGACAAAAUAUCCCUCGCAUAAUGACUGUUUAAUUCUUUUUUUUCCUUUUCCUUUUUUUUCCCUGAAUUCCUUUUUCUCAACUUUGUAUGCAUUUUGAUCGCUUGUUUCCAUGCUUUGCCACAGAUUGUUCGCUCCAAAACGUGCUACAAACAUGUACUGUGAAAAAGAAAAGUGCCGAAACCCAAUCUAAAAAAUCUUCCUUCUGGGUCUGGUAGUGCCUCCUGGGGAAAUCAGAGCAGUCUUUGUUUACAUCUUUAUAAAUAACCGCAUCCCAGCUCUAACACCAUGUUUUGCAGGAUAUUAAUAUCAUACAGGUCAGUCAAACCUCUUGUGCUUGCUGAGAUAAACAAGAGAGCGUUGGCUGUCUGGUGUUUUACUUGAACGAAGAAACUUGACGCUGAAAGAGUGUUUCGGAAUGAGAGAGCACAUUGUGCCAUUGUAAAUUGUGAGUGACGGGAGGGGGAACAAAAGCGUGAGCCAAAAGUUGCUAUGUAAGAAAAAAGAAAAAAGAAAAAAAAAAAAAUGACAUAAAUAAAGAAAAUGUCUGAA